CGGUGUAAAAGUUCCGCGGCCGUAGUUGCUGCAGCGGCGGAGGAAGCGAGGCAGCGUCGUAAACAUGGCUGACAGCGGGGUGACAGAUGAGCCUGAGACGAAAGAUGAUAUUGAACGAUCAAAGAGUGAAGGCAGAGAGCUGACCAAGGAGGAGAAGCAGCGGCUGAGGAAAGAGAAGAAGCAGCAGAGGAAAAACAAAGAGAGGAAAGAUGACAAGGAAAGUGAGAAAGAGAAGAAGUCUGUCCCCGCAGCAUCUCAGCCUCCAACGCAACCCACGACACAGAAAGCUCCUCCAGCAGUGCCUGCUCCUGCACCGGUCCCUGUGCCUGCCUCAGAAGCUCCUGCCCCAGCAGACAAGCCCACUAAGAGUAAAGCUGAACUAAAAGCCGAGAGGCGAGCCCGACAAGAGGCUGACAGGGCGUCCAAACAGGGCAAGAAGGGAGAGGUGGGUCCGCAGGCUUCCACUUCCAAACCCAAAGCCCCACCCAGCGAGCUGCAGCCAGUGGUGAAGAGGCUCCCAGAACAUAUCCAAGUGGACAACCCGGAUGUUUUAAAGAAACUGGCCAAGAAGUUGGAGAGACAACAGAUCCCACUGCGGUUAGACUACGGCUACAAAGUCAGUCUGUUUUCUCACCUUCACCAGUACAGUCGCAAAUCUCCCCUUACACAACAAGUCAGCAUUCCUUCCACAGUGAUUCAUCCUGCUAUUGUACGACUGGGCCUCCAGUAUUCACAGGGAAUUGUGGCCGGAUCCAACGCUCGCUCUGUAGCCCUGCUGCACGCCUUCAAACAGGUUAUAAGGGACUAUACCACACCUCUUAAUGAGGAACUAUCUAGAGACCUGGUCAACAAACUGAAACCUUAUAUCAGUUUUUUAAAUCAGUGUCGCCCUCUGUCAGCCAGCAUGGGUAACGCAAUCAAGUACAUCAAAAAGGAAAUCUCCAAUAUUCCUAGUCAGUGCAAAGAAGAAGAGGCAAAGUGCAAACUGCUGAAGUGCAUCGACUGCUACAUUAAUGAAAAGAUCGUUCUUGCUGCUAAAGCUAUUGCUAAGUAUUCCAUAGAGAAGAUCAGUGAUGGAGACGUCAUCCUGGUUUAUGGAUGCUCAUCACUGGUUAACCACAUCCUGUACGAGGCCUUCGAGAAGAACAUCAAGUUCCGUGUGAUUGUGGUGGACAGCAGGCCUCGGCUGGAGGGCAGGGAGGCCCUGAGGCGCCUGGUCCAGAAAGGCAUCCGCUGCACCUACGUCCUUAUCUCGGCCGUCUCGUACAUCCUUCCAGAGGUAUCAAAGGUGUUCCUCGGUGCUCACGCUCUGCUGGCCAACGGCUACGUCAUGUCCCGCGUGGGAACAUCACAGAUAGCUCUGGUGGCCAAAGCCUUUAAUGUGCCUGUGCUGGUGUGUUGUGAGACCUACAAGUUUUGUGAGAGGGUGCAGACGGAUUCCUUCGUGUCCAAUGAGCUCGAUGACCCAGACGACCUCAUCGUGACCCGUAAAGGAAAGACUGAGCUGGAGGACUGGCAGCAAGUGGACUCUCUCGGCCUGCUCAACCUGGUGUAUGACGUGACGCCGCCUGACUUUGUGGACCUGGUCAUCACAGAGCUGGGAAUGAUCCCUUGCACCUCGGUCCCUGUGGUGCUGCGAGUCAAAAACGUGGACCAGUGAUCCACCUCGGGUCUCACGUCAGUCUGAGCAAAGAGGCUGUUUCCGCUGCAUCUGGAUCUUGGGGAAAUUGUGUGCAUGAAUGCUUGCACACAACACAACACAAAAUAUCUUGCAAUAAAUAUAUAUCUGAAAUGGCAUACGUUUUUAAA